GCUCACCAAAAUCUCACACAUUUCCCGAGACGACUCCGAACGACGCCGUCGCGAUCAUCUACAGUAGUAGCCACCUCUGCUGAGUGACCGGCCGGCGAGGCAACUUAUCCGGCAAUGUGGAACUCACGCGCUCCGCUCUUCGUACUCGCUGCUCUUCUCUUCUACUCACUAGCUCUCGUCUCUGCUCAGGGAUCUAGUCCAUGGAAAACUCUCACUGGAGAUCCGCCUUUGGUCAUAGCAAGAGGGGGAUUUUCAGGACUCUUUCCUGGUUUCAGUUCCGCAGCAUACAAUUUGGCAUUGAUCACUAGUGUACCAGAUGUGGUAUUAUAUUGUGAUGUCCAACUUACAAAGGAAGCAGCUGGAAUAUGCUUUCCGGAUCUGCUGCUGAAUAACAGUUCGAAUGUUGAUCAAGUUUUUGAAAAGAAGGAAAAGACUUACCCGGUUAAUGGAUUUCCCACUAAAGGGUCGUUUAGCAUUGACUAUAGUCUCAAGGACCUUGCAAAUAUUUUUGUUACUCAGGGAGUAUAUUCUCGAUCGAACAAGUUUGAUGGCAAUAUGUACCCAAUUCUUACCGUAGAAGAUGUGGCUAUGCAAUUCAGACCACCAGGCUUAUGGUUGAAUAUUGAGAACAAUAUAUUCUUCUCGCAACACAACUUGAGUAUGAGAAACUAUGUGCUCUCUGUAUCCAAAAAAGUGGUUGUCAAUUUCAUCUCAUCACCAGAGGUGGAUUUCCUGAACAGUAUUAAAGCACGUGUUAGUCCAACCACAACAAAGUUGAUCUUUAAGUUUCUUGAUGAAGCUGAGAUUGAGCCUUCAACAAACCAGACUUAUGGUUCUCUAUUGAAGAAUCUCACAUUUAUCAAGACAUUUGCCUCUGGAAUUAUAGUUCCUAAAACUUACAUAUGGCCUGUCACUGUGGACAAUUAUUUAAAACCUCACACUUCCAUUGUCUCGGAUGCUCAUAAAGCAGGGUUGACAGUAUUUGCGUCAGAAUUGUACAAUGAUGUGCCAUUCCCCUUCAAUUACAGUUACGAUCCAGUUUCUGAGUACCUGUCAUUCUUCGACAACGGUGAUUUCAGUGUUGACGGUGUGCUGUCUGACUUUCCCUUAACUCCAUCAGCAGCCAUAGAUUGUUAUGCUCACCCAGAAAAGAAUGCUUCAGUACCAGCUACACCUUUGGUUAUCUCGAAAGACGGAGCAAGCGGAGACUACCCUGGCUGUACUGACUUGGCGUAUAUGCAUGCAAUUACAGAUGGUGUAGAUGUACUUGAUUGUAACGUCCAAAUGUCCAAGGAUGGGAUACCAUUUUGCUCGAGCUCUAUAAAUCUUAUUGAUAGCACGACAGUUGCUCAAUCGCCUUUUAACAACUACACAAUGGUUGUUCCGGAAAUUAAGGUUGGCAGUGGAAUAUAUACCUUUAGUCUGACAUGGGAUCAGAUCAAAAAACUAACACCAACUAUAUCAAGCCCACAGAAAGAUUUCACGUUGUACAGGAAUCCAAGGUUUAAAAGUGCUGGGACUUACUUGAAACUAUCUGAAUUUUUGACCUUGGCGAAGAAUUCAAGUUCCCUAUCUGGUGUCAUAAUCGGCAUAGAGUAUGCGGCGUAUCUUAUAGAGAAGAAGGGGUUAAGUGUAACAGAUGCAGUCAUUACUGAGUUAAACAAAGCUGGUUUUGGUAAUCAGACAGCCCUAGAUGUCAUGAUUCAGUCCACUAAUAGUUCUGUUCUGAUGAAGUUUAAGGAGAAAACCAAGUAUAAACUUGUUUACGAGAUUGAAGAGGAUAUUGGUGGUGCCCCUGACAAAACUGUUCAGGACAUCAAGAAGUUUGCCAAUGCUGUGGUCAUCAAAAAGACCUCUGUCUUUCCAGAAAAUCAGGAAUUCGUCACUGGAGUAACCGAUGUCGUAACGAAGCUUCAGGGAUUUAAAAUACCUAUAUAUGUUGAACUCUUCAGCAAUGAGUUUGUAUCUCAAGCAUGGGACUUCUUCUCAGAUCCAUCUGUGGAGAUCAAUUCAUUUGUGACCGGCCCCGUUAUUGAUGGUGUUAUCACAGACUUCCCCAAAACGGCUGCUCGAUACAAAAGAAACCGGUGUUUAAGUUAUAAAGAGACACCUGCCUACAUGAGCCCUGUUCAGCCAGGCAGUCUGAUACAAGUUAUUUCUUCUGUUUACAUGCCACCUGCUGAGGCUCCAAAGCCAUACCUGACAGAGAGUGAUGUGAUUGAGCCGCCUUUGCCAUCCGCAGAAACAGCCUUAGCUCCCGGGCCAGCCGCUGGAUCUGCAGUAUCACCACCACCGCCGAAUGGGCAGCCUAAGACUGCUGCGUGCUUCCUUCUCUCUACUCUGGCUAUGCUAUUUACCUGCCUUUUUCUUGUCUGAAACUGCAUGUGAAGCAUUCACUCUAGCUCGUGAUCUUGUAAUUGCGCAUCUCAUCGCUCUCACUUGGAGCAUUUUGCUGAAUGAACACCGGCUAAUCCAUUUUUUAUUUAUCAUUUGUUACGGAACCCAUGUUGUAGGUAAUGUUCAUUCUUUCCCCCACGUAAAUUAAGGAUACGGGAUAUAUGGAAGUACGUACAUCAGAGAUCGUUCUGUUUAUUAUUGUAUGCACCAGUUUUUGAUGUUUUGGUAUCAUUUCAUGUU